AUGGAACAAAUAAUUCCAGGACAAUUUUUGUCUGAACCACCGUCGCCUCAAAGCGGUCUCCCGUAUUUCAACCCGAAGUUCGGCACUGAAGUCGAUGUCUUGUCUUUUGCUUGCUUGGUCUUCGUGGCUGUUUCAACCUUGGCUUUCUGGAAUCGCAACUCCUGGAAGCAGAGCACAGGAGAAUUUUCCAAGAGCAGUAUACCAUCCGGAGAUAAGACAAGAUGUGUGAUCAAGAAGAUGGAAGAGGAGAACAAGAACUGUGUUGUCUUUUUUGGUUCCCAGACGGGCAAUGGAGAGGACUUUGCGGAAAGGCUCGUCAAAGAAGGUCAUUCAAGGUUCAAUCUUAACACCAUGAUUGCUGACCUGGAUGACUAUGACUAUACGACUCUUACCGAAUUCCCCAGUGACAAGAUCGCUAUUUUCAUUUUGUCUUCAUAUGGUGAAGGAGAGCCCACCGACAACGCAGCCACCUUUUUCGACUUCAUCACAUCUGACGAAGCCGUCUUUUCUGAUGAUCAGGAUUUCCCACUUCAGUCUAUGAGAUUUGCAGCAUUUGGACUGGGAAAUAGCACAUACGAACAUUUCAACGGGGUUGUUCGAAAAGUGGAGAGCUCUUUACAACGGCUCGGUGCAACAGCUUUCACUGACCGAGGAGAAGGCGAUGAUGGAAAAGGCACCCAGGAAGAUGACUUUUUGGCAUGGAAGGAAGUCAUGUGGGACUCUCUGAAGAACAUCAUGCACCUUCACGAGCAAGAGGAGAAGUUUGAGCCAGAGUUUUCCAUUGUUGAGAAGACAGCUGCGUCGGAGUCAAUCUUUCUAGGAGAGAGGUGCCAAGGAGAGCUUAUGGGGACCCCAACAGAAUACGGUCCUCACAGUCCGUACGUUGCAAAGGUCUUGGAAUCCAAGGAACUCUUCGAAUCUCCGGAUCGAAAUUGCCUCCAUAUCGAUAUAGACCUCCGUGGCUCGGGACUGAGCUACGAAACAGGUGACCACGUCGCAGUUUGGCCUUCAAAUUCUGACAUUGAGGUCGAUCGCUUUUUGCGUGUUUUUGGUUUGGCAGAGAAGCGGCUAACGGUGAUUCACAUCUCCUCGGCCCAAGGCUCUGUCAAGAGUCUACCUUGUCCAUCACCGACAACAUACGAAGCAGCUGUGAGAUACUACAUGGAGAUCUGUGGUCCCAUUUCGCGGCAGUUUCUUACUGCCCUGGCCAAUUUUGCACCGGACAAUACUCAGAAAAACAUAUUGCUUGAACUCAGCAAAAACAAAGACACUUUCCGGGAGAAAGUUGGCAGCAAACUUUUCAACCUAGCUCAGCUCAUCGAGUCAAUCAGUCCAGAGAACCCUGUCUGUCCAGUCCCCUUUGAAGUUCUUCUCGAAGGUGUUCGCACCCUGCAGCCGCGAUAUUAUUCCAUCUCAUCUUCAUCUUUGGUGCAAAAUAACUCGGUCUCCCUGACGACGGCCGUCGAGUCCGUCAAGACGGCCCAGCACGAAUUCAGAGGAGUAGCAUCCAACUACUUGCUGGCUAUCAAGCACAUGCAGAAUGGAGAGCAGCCAGCCAAAACAGAAAGCCCUUACACAAUAACCGGGCCUCGACAAAAGUACAAUAUGAGCCUCCCGAUUCAUAUCCGACAUUCACACUUCAAGUUACCGCGCGAUGCCAGUCGGCCCAUUGUGAUGAUUGGACCUGGAACGGGUGUCGCUCCCUUCCGGGCAUUUGUGCAAGAGAGAAUUAAGCAGGCAGAGUCCGGUACCGAAAUCGGAAAUAUGAUCCUUUUCUUCGGUUGCCGCAAAGAACAAGAAGAUUUCCUCUACAGGGAUGAUUGGAAGAAAUAUAAGAGCGUUCUUGGUGACAAGUUCCAACUAUAUACUGCGUUUUCUCGGCAGUCGCCUAGUGAAAAGGUCUACGUUCAGCAGCGGUUAGUGGAGCAUGGGAAGAGUCUCCGGUCCUUAAUAAUAGAAGAGAACGGAUACAUUUAUGUCUGUGGCUCUGGUCGAAUGGCCCGUGAGGUGCAAGUUACUCUUGGUGAGCUCCUCAAUCAGCCACUAUGCAAUGGAGAAGCAACAAUACAUCAACUGAAGACUGCGGCACGAUACCAGGAGGACGUUUGGUGA